GGGGGGGACAUUGUGGCAGAGAAGAAGGAAAGGGUUUUACUUUAAAGCCUUUGAGAGACGGUUUGCAUUGGCGGGGUUCCCUUCUUUUAUUUACUUGAUUCCAGAGGUGACCAACAUCCAAAAGAAAAUGAGGCUGAUCAUUGGCAUUGGAGGAGUGACCAACGGUGGGAAGACCACUUUGACAAACAGACUACUAAAGGCAUUACCCAACAGUUGUGUUGUACAUCAGGAUGACUUCUUCAAGAGACCCGAUCAAAUAGAAGUCGGGGAGGACGGCUUUAGACAGUGGGAUGUGAUCAGUGCUCUCGACAUGGAAGCUAUGACCAACACUGUGAAAGGCUGGCAGGAGAACCCAGUUAAGUUUGCCCGCUCACACGGUGUCAGCCUGUCACCUGAAGCCGAGAAACCCGACUCAGUCCACAUUCUCAUUGUGGAGGGGUUCCUCAUCUAUAACUACAAGCCUCUUCUUGACGUCUAUGACAAAUGUUUCUACAUUUCCAUUCCUUAUGAGGAGUGCAAAAGGAGGAGAAGUACAAGGACAUACACAGUCCCUGACCCCCCAGGCCUGUUUGACGGUCAUGUCUGGCCCAUGUACUUGAAACACAGGAAAGAGAUGGAUUACAACUGUGACAGGAUAGAGUACCUUGAUGGCAUGACAUCGAAGGACGACAUCUACAAUGCAGCGUAUGAGAGCAUUCAGAACGCACUGCUGAACAACUUAUAGCUGGAUGGGGAUGAUAGCGGCUUUGUGUAUAGACUUGUAAAUAGAAUUUUGCGUAAAUGUGUAACACCAGUGCUGCCUAUAUGAUUUGUAAAUAGUUAAUCAUGUAACUUAUUAAGAACUGAUGGCAGAAGAAUUGUGUUUUGUAUAAUUCACUGCAACUUUUUUUCUAAGAGAUAAGCCACCUCUGGACUGCCCAGUGUUGUAACAUCAAGUCUUGUUAAGUAAAAUGCCCACUGGGAGUAAAGAUCUGUUUCAUGACUUAAAGUAACUCUUGAAUCCA